GGGGUGCAGCGCUGUCCUAAUGCCGCGCUUGCUCGGACUCAGUUAAGUGGCAGUCUUGGAGCAGGAGGGUGAGGCAGAGCCUCCUCGCGCCUGGCGAUCUGCAACGGCGAGCAAAGGAGAUCCUGGCCGUACCCUUCCUGGGAGGCAGAUGGCUUCCUCCUGACGCGGUUUCCGGAGGGGAGGGGGAGGGGAUAUAUAAAUGAGGGUGGUUGCUGCAGUGCCCCGUCGGGGAUCAUCAGCAAAGGCUUUGGAGGAGGAGGAUCUAGGGAAGGGCACGGCACGGCCGCGCGCUGGUUAAUCUGCCUCCCAGCUCAGCCCUCGCCCAAUGUCACCGGUCGCCUGCCUGCAUCCAAGUCCCGCCGCCAACUGCUGCCUUUAAAGCCCAGACGUCAGCAAUAGCGCCAAGGCAGAGCCGGGCUCCCCCUCAGCCUGCGGUCCGGCUUUCCAGCACCAUGAGCCGCACAGGAUCCUUGGCUGUCCUCCUCCUCCUCCUCGCAGUGCAAGUACUUUCACUUCCAUUAACAAAUCCAACAACUAAAGAUGACACCAAGGUGAUGAAGUGUGUUGUGGAGGUCAUUACUGAUAUUGUGUCAAAGCCAAAUCCACUCCCGGUCAGCCCGGAAUGUCUAGAAAUUCUUCGAGAAGAUGAAAGAAUCCUUUCCAUCCUUCGCCAUCAAAACUUGCUAAAGGAGCUUCAAGAGAUUGCAGUUCAAGGAGAAAGUGAAAGGACCGAGCAGCAGAAGAAAAACAGCGGUUUUGAAGAUGAGCUUUCAGAAGUCCUUGAAAGCCAAAGCAGCAAGAACACGGAAAGAGACCUCUUGGAGGGGCCCCCAGAUGAGGACCCUACUGCCUCCUUUGCUGAGUUGGAGGCAGAGAGGAGUCAGAAGAACAGGGAAAUGGAAGCUUCAAAAGAGGAUGAGCGAAACAGCUUGGAAGAGAGGGGACCAAGGGCUCGAGAUGUUGGCCUUGAAGAUGAAAGAGCAGCCACUGAGGGGUUCAAGAGCAAUGAGAUUGGCAAGGCAGAAGAAUUGUCCUGGGACGAUGCUGUCGACAACCACAUCCAUGGCGACAUAAAAAAUGAUGAUGUGCCUGAGCAGAGGCACCAAGAGGGUGAAGAAGCUUCAAGGGUGGAUGAAACUGAUGACUUUGAGAAUGACAAGGAGCAGAUUUCCAAAAAUAGCCAAGAAGAGAGCAACGAGGAGGUAGACGAAAGUGUCAGAGACCAGGCUGAGGAGGAAGAGGAGGAAGAAGAGGAAGAGGAAGAGGAAGAAGAAAGAGGCACCUCUGAAGAGGAACAUCCUACCAGUUCAGAGGAUGAGGAUUACCAGAGGGAAGACGAGAAUGAAGGCACUAAGGGUUUUGAAAAGGAUGAAAAGCCUUUGGAAGAGGAAGAGAAAUACCACAGUGUGAAGGGAGGGCGGCAUCGCUCUGUAGAUGAACCCAUGCAGGCUGAAGACUCCUCCCAUGGCAGAGAUGCCCCAAGUGAAGAAAUGGAAGAGGACCCCUCCAAAGAUGUAGAAGAUGCCAAGAGAUGGAACAAAAUGGAUGAGCUAGCCAAGCAACUGACCACUACAAAGAGGACAGAAGAAAAUGAAAGCAAUGAAGACCCAGACAGGUCCAUGAAAUUGGCUUUGAAGUCCCAUAAGUAUGACUUCCAUAACCCCGAAGAUGAAGUGAGGACACCACAGAAGCAUCACUCAAAAGAGGAGAGCAGUGAAGGAGGCUUUCCACUAGUUGCCAUGCCGGAGGAAAAAAAGGAUGAAGAAGGAAGCGCUAACAGAAGAACAGAGGAGGACCAAGAGCUGGAGAGCCUGGCAGCAAUAGAAGCAGAGCUGGAAAAAGUCGCCCAUAAGCUCCACGCCUUGAGAACAGACUGAUGUUCGGUAGUGUCCGACAUCUGUUUGACAUACAACAUCAGCAAAAAGCCAGACGUUUAACACCCUUUCAACACUGCAAUUAAUUUUUUUUUAAAAGUAAUAAUUGAGCAGAUGCAUUUUGCAUAGGAAGCCAAUGAUCACUAGAAAAAGCAGCAGUUUCUCUCUCUCCCGCUCCCUCUCUGCGGUAGCGCUGUGCUUCAUCGCCAUCUGCUUCUUGUUUGAUUUUUGUGCUCCUUUUAUUGGCUAUUGAUUUUCUUUUGUAACUGUUUGAUUGCAGCCUCACAAGCAGUAUGACGUAGCUCAUGUAUUUUCUCUUGAGAAACAGGGAUUGGUUUGUCUUUCGCCCUAUCCCCCUUAUUUUCCAUUUUUUAAAAAAAUAAAGAGCCAUGACAGGUCUAGAAUGUUUUACUUCUAACCGUUAGGUUUACUGGAUAAAGUAACUUGCAAUAACUUGUUAAUCUUUUGAUUAAAAGAUGAGAACUCUCACUGUAAUAUAUUCUGUAUAAAAAUUAAAGGUUAAAAAUAAACACACACAA